AUGAGGGAUUCUUUUAUGGGAACUAAGACUUGGCAGUCUUGCGUUCCAGCUAGGGCUGCGGCAGCUGCAGUUGUUGCUCGUGCUCUUGCAGGACUGCCUGCUCACCAAAGGUUCAGUCUUCCGUCGAGUUCUGAAGAACUUCGCUCUAUAUAUGGAAGUAGACCUCAGGUUGAGAUAGUGGAAGAGCUAGAAGAAGAGUUCUACAAAGAGGAUUUUGAUCCAAUAAGUCAUAUUUUAGAGCAUAUUCCCUCUGAAGAAAAUGAGCUUGAAUAUUUUGAGAAACAGGCCACUCUUCGAAUAUCACAACUAGAUAGAGUAGCUGAGCUUCUAUCUCGCAAUGUCAUGGAGCAUCAUGAAGUUAUGGUGAAGGGGAUGAAUUUAGUCAGGGAACUGGAGAAAGACUUGAAGGUUGCUAAUGUUAUCUGUAUGAAUGGAAGACGCCAUAUAAACUCAUCAAUCAAUGAAGUUUCAAGGGAUCUCAUUGUAAAUGCUAAUUCGAAAAAGAAGCAAACACUUCUGGACAUGAUUCCAAUAUUGACUGAGCUUUGUGUUGCUCGGGACAUGCAAUUGGCACUUGAAUCCCUUGUUGAGGGAGGAAAUUACUGCAAGGCAUUUCAAGUCCUCUCUGAGUAUUUGCAGCUACUAGAUAGUUAUUCAGAGCUCUCAGCAAUACAAGAGAUGAGCCGUGGUGUUGAGGUUUGGCUGAGCAGAACUCUUCAGAAGCUGGACUCUUUACUGUUGGGAGUGUGCCAGGAGUUUAAAGAGGAGGCAUAUAUUAAUGUUGUUGAUGCUUAUGCAUUAAUCGGGGAUGUAUCUGGUCUUGCUGAGAAGAUACAAAGCUUCUUUAUGCAGGAAGUUAUUUCGGAGACCCACUUUGUGUUGAAGAGUAUUGUGCUAGAGGAUCAUGAUUUGGACAUGCAAAAUAGCAGACUUACCUACAGUGAUCUGUGCCUGAGGAUACCUGAAUCUAAGUUCAGACAGUGUUUAUUGAAAACGUUAGCCGUUUUAUUUAAGUUGAUGUGUUCAUAUCAUGAAAUUAUGAGCUUUCAGCCAGAGAAUAAGAGUUCUCUGUGUCAGACCUCAAAUAGGAAAAAGGAUAGUGAUAUCUCUUGGAGUUCAGGAGAGGUUCAGCAAAUUGAUUCACUCAGUAGAAAUUCUUGCAAUUCCAUGGGAGUUAAUGACUCUCUCUCUGAAUCUGUAGACAAGACGUCUGGUUUGUCUUCUGCAGUGGAAUCUACAACCACCAUCUCUUUGGCUGAGCCAGCAGGGACUAGUUCAACAUGCAUAGAAUCUCAAGGUUCUGUAGAGGAGGCUAGGGAUGAUGGUAGUGCAGCAUCCAGUAGUGGAUCCCCAUGGUAUCAGCUCCGAAAAGAUGCUACUGCUUUUGUUUCACAAACUCUUCUGAGAGGCCGUAAGAAUCUUUGGCAACUUACGACUAGUCGGGUAUCAGUAUUGCUUUCUUCAGCUGCGGUUUGUUCUACAAGCAUUCACCAAUUCUUGAAAAAUUACGAAGAUUUGAAUGUCUUCAUCUUGGCUGGGGAAGCCUUCUGUGGGAUUGAGGCAGUUGAGUUCAGGCACAAAUUGAAGGCUGUUUGUGAAAAUUAUUUUGUAGCAUUUCAUCGUCAAAGUAUAUUUGCGCUUAAAAUGGUUCUGGAGAAGGAAAUUUGGAUGAAAUUGCCGCCAGAUACUGUAGAAGGGGUUAGUUUUGCUGGGCUUGUAGGUGAUGGAGCAGCUUUAAUUGCUUCAUCCAACUCUUCUAAUGCUAGAGUACUUCAUUCUGAUAAAUCUGCGAAUUCAGUCAGUAGCAGUGCCGAGAAAAGUGGAUUUUCUCAUUGGGUUAAAUCUGGGAACCCUUUUUCAGUAAAAUUAACAUAUACUUCCAAAGAAGGUCCUAAUUCCCCCCAACUUAAUGGAGCUACUGCUGGGGAAUGCGAUGGAAAUAUUAAUGAUUAUUGUCAUGGUGAUAAGGCCACUCCAAAAAGUGGUGGUGCAAGUCGCAUGAAUGGUAUCAAUUCGAUCCUAGAAGAUGAAAAUGAAGAUCUUCUUGCAGAUUUUAUAGAUGAAGAUAGUCAACUUCCAAGUCGAAUUUCAAAAUCCAAUAAUCGGAGAAUUCACUCUUCAAAUUCAAACGAUGACGAAACAACUGCCCAAACAGGAUCAUCUCUUUGCCUUCUCAGGUCGAUGGAUAAAUAUGCAAGGCUUAUGCAGAAAUUAGAAAUUGUUAAUUUUGAGUUUUUUAAGUAUAUUGUUGCAGGGGAUAUGCCAAUUGUUUGAGGUUUUUUUCUAUUAUGUAUUUGAAACAUUCGGUCAGCAAAACAAUAAUUCAAAUGCAAAAGGCUCAAACAACCCACUUAAUU